UCUCAAUUUCUAGUAUAUGUAAUUUUCAUGUAUAUUCAGCAAAAGUGUUCCACCCAUUUGCUUCCUAUUGGCGCUGCAUUUUUCUCGCGAGUUUAUAGCGAAAUCUCGUUAUCCGGCCUCGCUUUGCACCAUGGAAAAUGGCGGUCCAAUGGGUGUCAGACUGAUCCGUAGGCGUGACGGCUAAUGCUAACGCUAAGUCUUUAAGUGGGUGGCAGCCCUCUUGAGCCAUGAAGUGGUCGUGCUGCUGGCCUGUGCUGCUCUGGCUGUCCCUGACGAGUGGCUUCCUUCAUACGACUGAGGAUGACAGCACUCCUGAUGACUGGAUCCUGCUCCACGUGGUGCAGGGGCACAUUGGCUCUGGGAACUACAGCUACCUCCGGCUUAACCACGAUGGCCGAAUUGUCCUGCGCCUCCGGAGCCUCAAGGGGGAUGCUGACAUCUACGUGUCUGAUAAGACACUGCGGCCCAGCUUCGACACAUACAAACUGCAGUCAACCACCUGUGGCCCAGACAUGGUCGUGGUGCCCAUGGACUUUGCACGGCCAGUUGGCAUUGGUAUUUAUGGGCAUCCGUCACACCAGGAGAGUGAGUUUGAAAUGAAGGUAUUUUAUGACCAGGUUGUCCCAGAGGACCCAUUUCACAAAGGCUCUUAUUUCUCAGAAGAGGUGAACAAACAGGAGAAGAACAUUCAUGUCCCAGAGGACGGCUUCCAGGAGGAAGAGUCAAUCCUCUGGACUAUUCUGAUUGGCAUUCUUAAAAUAAUACUUGAAAUCCUUUUUUGAAGGCCCGUCUGUGGAUGUUCACACCUACCAAAUCAGCAAUACUGUGAAAUUACCAAUGUGCAAGUAAACUAAACACAGCUGUGCACUACGUUCACCAGCAGCAGACAUUUAAAAGGGCAAAAACGCCUCUUUAGAAAUGAGAUGAGAAGGACCUUUUGCAUUGCAUAUAUUUUCUUAAAUGAGACUUUCUGGCAAAGAAUUUCAACAGGUGAUUGUUGCCAGAGUUUGGUUCUUCUGCCAUAUAAACCAUCAGACUUGACAAUCUCUCUGUUAGCUGAAGAUUAAAUCAGGUUAUCAAUGGUAUGGUUGCAAAGACCUUAUUUCCUAACAGAAUGUCACUUCCACUGCCAUCACUGAUCUUGUCAAGUUUUUAUUCUUUGAAUGAUACAAUGCAGAAAUCAGUGUGUCAUCAGUAUUUUGGAGGAUGAACACAACAGAGUGCCUUCUAACAUCAAUAUUCAUGGUGAAUGAACAUUAUUCAUAAUUUAGGGUUAUGCUUGUCAAUAAAGACACAGGUUGGUCACUUGAACUAUGAGUUUUUGGUAAACAGUGCUUGUUGUCGUUUGUGGAAGUGCAAAUUGCAUAACCUAACAUUAAAAACUGAAUAGAGCAGCUUUGGGCCACAGCCAGGAGAACAGUGAUUGACAGGGACAGCUGCUGUCAGAAGUGCCAGUGUAUUGGGGGCAAGACCUGUCAGUCUGAGAAUUACCUGUCAAGCAAAACUCUUAUUGCAGAUCGUUGGAAACUUUUUGUUUUUGUAAAACUGUCCUUAUAAUGGGUAGUGUUGAUUAGAUUGUUAACAGUGAGGCUUAGAAAGGUUCAAUUUGGCUGUUAUCAUUGAUUCAAGUUCUAAUGUUGGUGAGAGUAUGGGCGGGGGGUUCAAAAUAAGGUCUUUUGUUUACUCAGGGUCAUGAAAUAAUUCUUUUUUUCUCUAUUGUCAUCUUACAUAAAUGGUUUGUAAUGUUUCUAUGUGUUUAUAAAGAAUAUGCAUUUAAAUGCAUUUACCAAAAAGAAAAAAAACAAAUAAUGUCAAACAUUGCAAAAAAUAACUAUUAACCAUAUGACCUUAAUGUCUAAUUCCACAUUAGGAAUAACUCCAUUUCUGAAAAUUGUGAUGUUUGCACCAAUAUGAGUUUCUUACUGUGUAGAAAGGUACUGGGAAAAAUACCCCAAAAUGAAACAGUGUUGAAUGUUAAGUAAAUAACAAUAUAAGCUGUAAUAUUACCAAAUAAAUGUUAUAAUUUUUUUUCAA